AUGAGCGCCGUCCUCUACUACGCCGUCACCGGCUUCGUCGCCUACUGCGCCCUUACAUCCGCUCUCUUCAUGCUGUCCUUCGUCGUCCCGCGCGCCGGCUUCUUCGCGCGCUGCCUCGCCAUGUACGCCACCUUCUUCGGCUCCGCCGUCUUCGGCGUCGUCUCCUCGAUCGUCCUCACCCUUCUCGGCCACCAAAACAUUGCGCAGUGGGCGACCGCCCGCGCUUUCCUCUACUCGGCGCGCCUCACCACCGGCUCCUCCUUCGUCGUUCAGGACCCGGCCGACGUGCUCGGCACCACCCGGCCCGCCGUCUUCAUCGGCAACCACCAGACCGAGCUCGACGUCCUUAUGCUUGGCGCCGUCUUCCCCAAGUACUGCAGCGUCACCGCAAAGCGCUCGCUCAAGCACAUCCCCUUCCUCGGCUGGUUCAUGUCGCUCAGCGGCUCCAUCUUCAUCGACCGCUCCAACAGCAAGGACGCCCGCCAGGCGAUGCAGGGCGCCGCCGACGAGAUCAAGGCGCGGCGGCAGAGCGUCUACAUGUUCCCCGAGGGGACGCGCAGCUACACCAAGGAACCGACGCUGCUGCCGUUCAAGAAGGGCGCGUUCCAUCUUGCCGUCCAGGCCGGCGUCCCCAUUGUCCCUUGCGUCGUCGCCAACUACAGCCACCUCCUCUACCCCAAAGAAUACAGGUUCAACGCCGGCACUGUGCCUAUCAAAGUUCUCGACCCUAUCCCCACCAAGGGUCUCACUUCAGCCGAUGUCGACGAGCUCGCCCGCACCACUCGCGAACUCAUGCUCAAGGAGCUCGUCACCCUCACCGCAGAGGCCCGCGGCCAGCCCAUCGCCGUCCCCGCCAACCCAUCCUCGGCCAAGUCUUCGGGAGUCGACGUGAGGAACUAA